AUGACUAUGCUCCUAUUCCAAAAACGUGCACUUUAGUUAAGCUCGUUUCCCUCUAUGUUUGUAAACAACAUCUCCAUGUCACACCUGCAAGAAAAACAUCAUUAGUUUUCACAGUCGUGUCAUAUUAGGACUAUGACAGCUAUAGAGAAAAUACGAGAAGCUGUUACUGAACUAUAUAAGUUCAGGGAUGAAUACUACACAACCCAUGGCACUGAUGCGGCUGUCAAAAAGAACCAAGAUGUGCAUCGGCAGAUUAAAAAGACUUUACAACUAAUUGACAGUCAUAAAGAUGAGAUUGGUCCAAAGUCCAAAGGAGAACUUUAUUUUCUUCGUGGAAGAAUACUAAAUGCGACACCAGAAUACAGUGCAGAAGCAGAGGAAGAGCUAGGGAAGGCCACACGUUUUAACCUUCCUGAUGCCUGGAACGAGCUUGGAGAGUGCCAGUACAAGAAAGGAGAUCUGAGUGGUGCACAGACAUGUUUUGAGAAGGCACUGAAGCUAGUUCAAAAGAAGGUUUAUUACCGAAACAUGUCCAUGCUGAUGAGGAGUUUGCCAUGGAAAACUCCAGCUGAGAGAGAGGAGAAUGUUAACAAGGGUUUGGAAUAUGCCAGAAAUGCCCUCAAGCUUGAUAUGAGUGAUGGGCAUUCAUGGCUUGUCCUAGGUAAUGCAUAUCUGGCUUCAUUCUUCAGUGUGGACUCAAAGCUUGAGUCACUGAAGAACUGCAAAGCAGCUUAUAUCAAGGCAGCCAAUGACCCUCUUGCUGCUGUGCUUCCUGAACUACAUUUCAGCACAUUUCAUGUUCAGUGGUAUGAAGAAGACUAUGCUGGUGCCCUUAAUAGCCUCCUGCAGGCAUACAAGUUGGAGCCAACCUGGAUCGAGUGCAAGAGCAAGUUUGACGAGUGCUGCCGCUUCCUAAACAAGCUGGCCCAGAUGGUGAAGAGUAAGGGUCAGCUCAACCAGAGGAGGCUCAUGGGAUUCAUAGGGGACAUUAAUAACAGCCAGCUGGGACCCUAUGACAAAGGAGGAACCAAUCUGAGUGGAGGCAGAAAACCAGACCUUGUUCCUCUUGCUUUAUUAGGCGAAGGCAGUAACCAAGAUAAGAUAAUUUUAGGUAAGGUUGUGUGUACUGUGAUCCCUGACUCGGGCAUUCCCUUCUCCUUCUGCCUGGUGGACAAAGACAGUUCAUGCAUUGCUGUCACUGUCUAUAAUUGGGCCAGUGGCUGUGGGGUCAAGAUUGGAGAUUCUGUUGCAGUACUGGCACCUGUGCUGAAGACUCAUGUGGUUCAGGUGCCAGAAGGGGAGAAGCUGGAGUUCCGGUCUGUACGAGUGGCUCUUCCACUGAUGCUUGUCGUCAACAAACGAUCGGUAGGCAUCAGCCAAGUUGCAACGUCCCAGAUUAUCUCCCAGCAGAAACCAGAGUAACCAAUUUCUUAGACAAAUUAGCUAGAAGCAUUUGCAUUCCCAAGUGACAGGUUACUGAAGAGGCAUUUGUAAUGUGAAGCUACUGGUUACUCAGAUGCAUCUGCAUUCCCAAGCAAUUGAUCACAUGCAGGCCUAUGCCUUCUAAAGUUGCCUUUUUUAGGGGCAUUUGCAUAUAGAGUGACCAGUCAUGUAAGAGACAUUUGCAUUACCAGGUAACUGAUUACAUAGUCAUUUGGAUGCUUAAGUAACCAGUUUGCUCAGGUGAUAUUGCAUUUUCAGUUAUUAUAUAUUCUUAAAGAAUAGGAAAACUUAACCCUUUAACUGCAGAAUUGAAUUUUAAGGCCAUUCUGGUAAUGAUGGUAAUUAUCCUUCAUAAAAUUGAAUUUGUGUUUUCUGCUCCUUCAAUACAUUUUUAGUAUGUCUUAUUGGUACUGUUUUCAUAUAUGCCACAAAAAUUAUUUGAUUUUUGCUCUUUAAAGUGAUAUUUGAGGAAAUGUGUGAAAAAAAAAAAUUGUCUUUCAUAAUAGUGUUAAAACUGUUGUUUAUAAGAUAUUUUGGAAACAUUCACAAGAACUAAAAGCCCAAGGCAGCAUGUACUGGGUCGGCAAGAGGCGGCACAAUGUUUAGAAGUCAGUAAGGGUGUGCUGCUUCUUGCAGGAUAAGUUUCUUUUUUGAAGGCCAUGGAGUAACUGCUUUUUGCUAUUAAUAUUCUUUUGGGUAGAUAUAUCAUAUAGCAGUCAAAGGUUUAAAAAGUGAACUAAUUUUCUCAUGUGAAAAGUUGCUUGGUGGAAAUUUGGAUCCUUAUUAGAUAAGGUUUCUAUCUGCUGUGGUUUUUAGGAAUAUUUUCAUAAUGAUCUCUGCUGCAAUAAACUGAAUAAGUGAUUUUGAUU